AUGCUCCGAGCCUUUCAUGUCACAAAUGGUAGGUGUGUGUUCCACCAUGCUAAGUGUUGGCAUCAUCGUAAGUCUGUGCUGGCAAUCAGGAGGGAAGAUGUUAAUGCGUGGGAAAGAAGAGCACCUCUAGCACCAAAGCAUGUGAAAGAGUUGACGCAGAUGGGAUACAAGGUCUUGGUUCAGCCAUCAAACCGUAGAGCCAUCCAUGAAAAGGAUUACAUCAAAGCAGGUGCCAUUAUUCAAGAAGAUAUUUCUGAGGCUUCUUUGAUAAUAGGUGUGAAGAGACCUCCAGAAGACAAACUAAUCCCCAAAAAGAACUAUGCCUUCUUCUCUCACACUAUUAAAGCCCAAGAGGCAAACAUGCCCCUUUUGGAUGAGAUUUUAAAACAGGAAAUUCGACUGUUUGACUAUGAAAAAAUGGUUGAUCAUAAAGGAAUGCGAGUUGUGGCCUUUGGAAAGUGGGCUGGUGUAGCAGGGAUGAUCAAUAUUCUACAUGGAUUGGGAUUACGAUUUUUAGCCCUGGGACAUCACACUCCCUUCAUGCACAUUGGGAUGGCACAUAACUACAGGAAUAGCAGUCAGGCUGUGCAGGCAGUACGGGAUGCCGGGUAUGAAAUUUCACUGGGAUUGAUGCCAAAGUCAAUGGGGCCCUUAACAUUUGUGUUUACAGGCACUGGUAAUGUUUCUAAGGGUGCUCAAGAAAUGUUCAAUGCCCUCCCAUGUGAGUUUGUGGAACCACAUGAGUUAAAGGAAGUUUCCAGAUCUGGAGACCUCAGAAAAGUCUAUGGGACAGUGUUAAGUCGUCACCAUCAUCUUGUAAGGAAACGUGAUGGACAGUAUGAUCCAGUAGACUAUGAUAAACAUCCAGAAAAUUACACUUCUCGCUUUCACAUUGAUAUUGCACCCUACACAACCUGUUUAAUUAAUGGCAUAUACUGGGAACAACAUACUCCUCGCUUGCUGAGUCGGCAGGAUGCUCAGAACCUGCUGGUGCCAGUUAAAUCUGCUGGUGGUGCAACGGAGGGCUGUCCUGAGUUACCACACAAACUUCUGGCAAUAUGUGACAUUUCAGCAGACACUGGAGGAUCUAUAGAAUUUAUGACGGAGUGUACGACAAUUGACAGUCCAUUUUGUAUGUAUGAUGCUGACCAGCAUAUUAUUCAUGACAGUGUUGAAGGCUCGGGGAUUCUGAUGUGUUCCAUCGACAAUCUGCCAGCUCAGCUUCCGAUAGAAGCAACAGAGUACUUUGGCGAUAUGCUUUUCCCAUAUAUUGAAGAGAUGCUGUUAUCAGAAGGCUCGGAACCUCUUGAAAAACAGAAUUAUUCACCCGUUGUUCGAGAUGCAGUGAUUGCAUCCAAUGGCUCACUGACACCUAAGUAUCAAUAUAUCCAGAAAUUGAGAGAGAGCAGGGAACAGGCUCAGUCUCUGAAAAUGGAUGAUAAGAAGAGGGUUUUGUUGCUUGGAUCUGGCUAUGUUUCUGGCCCUGUACUUGAAUAUCUCACUAGAGAUUCCAACAUUGAGAUCACAGUUGUAUCUUUCAUGAAGGAGCAACUUGAACAACUCAUGAAGAAAUACAGCAAUGUUACCUCAAUUCAUAUGGAUGUCCUUAAGCAUGAGGAAAAGCUGUCCUCUUUGGUGAAGAAACACGACCUUGUCAUCAGUUUGCUGCCUUACUCAGCACAUCCUUUUGUUGCUAAGAGAUGCAUUGACAACAAAGUGAACUUGGUAACAGCCAGCUACUUAACACCAGCUAUGAAAGAACUCCAGGAGAGUGUAGAAGCUGCUGGGAUUACAGUUGUCAGUGAAAUGGGUUUAGAUCCUGGUCUUGACCAUAUGCUGGCAAUGGAAUGUAUUGACAAGGCAAAAGAAGUUGGUGCUACGGUUAUAUCCUACACUUCUUUCUGCGGUGGCCUGCCAGCUCCAGAGCACUCUGACAAUCCUCUGAGAUACAAAUUCAGCUGGAGUCCACAAGGAGUGUUGCUGAAUACAAUUCAGGCUGCUACGUAUUUGAAAGAUGGAGAGAUUAUCAAUAUUCCAGCUGGAGGAGCACUACUAGAUUCUGUUACCCCCAUGGAUUUUUUCCCAGGAUUAAAUCUCGAAGGUUUUCCUAACAGAGACAGUACAAAAUAUGCUGAGCCAUAUGGUAUUCAGACAGCUCGCACUUUACUGAGAGGCACAUUAAGAUACAAGGGAUACUCCAAAACUAUGGGAGGCUUUGUAAAAUUAGGAUUAAUUAACCCAGAUCCUUAUCCUUUGUUAAGCUCAACCACACCACCUCUAACCUGGAAAGAGCUCAUGUGCAAACUGGUUGGAGUUAAGCCACCUGCCGAACACCAUAUUCUUAAAGAAGCUGUAUUUAACAAACUGGGAAAGGACAAAAGUCAGCUGGAGGCAGUGGAAUGGCUAGGUUUAUUGGGAGAUGAACCAGUUCCAGCAGCAGAUUCCAUUGUGGGGGCUCUUGCAAAGCACAUGGAGAUGAAACUGCCAUUUGGUGCUGGAGAGAGAGAUAUGAUUGUUAUGAGAAAUGAAAUAGGUCUCAGGCAUCCCUCUGGUCAUUUGGAAGACAGAUUUAUUGAUCUGGUUGUCUAUGGGGAUAACAAAGGAUAUUCUGCGAUGGCUAAAACAGUAGGAUACCCCACAGCUAUUGCUGCUAAGAUGGUUCUAGAUGGUGAAAUAGUUGCUAAAGGCAUGGUGAUACCCUUGACGAAGAAUGUUUAUGGACCAAUACUUGAACGUGUUCGAGCAGAAGGAAUUCUGUACAGUAGUCGCAGCAUUAUCAAACAGUAA